AUGAAGCUCCUCAUUUUGGCCACUCUUCUUGGGCUGAGCCUUGCUCAGUUCAACCCAAACACUAAGAAUGGGAGGACAUCCAUUGUGCAUCUGUUCGAAUGGCGCUGGAAAGACAUCGCUGCAGAGUGUGAACGCUACCUAGCACCAAAUGGCUACGGAGGAGUUCAGAUAUCUCCUGCAGCAGAGCACAUCAAAAUCACCAGUCCAUUCAGACCUUGGUGGGAGAGGUAUCAACCAAUUAGCUACAACUUGUGCUCCAGAUCAGGGACUGAAGCAGAGCUGAGGGAUAUGGUCACAAGAUGCAACAACGUUGGGGUGAACAUCUAUGUUGAUGCGAUCAUCAAUCACAUGUGUCAGUCAUUCCGUGGCGAAGGUACACAUUCUGCUUGUGGUACAUAUUUCAGUGCCACUAAGAGAGACUUUCCAUCUGUACCUUACUCAUCCUUGGACUUCAACAAUGGCAAAUGUAAAAGCAGCAGUGGAAAGAUUGAUAGCUACAAUGACAUUUACCAGGUGAGAGAUUGCCGUCUUGAGGAUCUUCUGGAUCUGGCUCUGGAGAAGGACUACGUCAGGGGGAAAGUGGCCGCGUACAUGAACAAACUGAUCGACAUCGGUGUGGCUGGAUUCAGAGUGGAUGCUUGCAAACAUAUGUGGCCUGGAGACCUGAGCAAUGUGUAUGGCAGACUGAAGAACCUCAACACCAAGUGGUUCUCCUCAGGUUCCAAACCUUUCAUCUACCAGGAGGUCAUUGACCUUGGUGGAGAGCCCAUCAAGGCCAGCGAGUACACUGGACUGGGAAGAGUUACAGAGUUUAAGUAUGGUGCCAAACUGGGCGAGGUUGUCCGCAAAUGGAACGGCCAGAAAAUGAGCUAUCUGAAGAACUGGGGAGAGGGCUGGGGUUUCAUGCCCACAGGUAAGGCCCUGGUGUUUAUUGACAACCAUGACAACCAGAGGGGACAUGGAGCUGGAGGAGCUUCCAUUCUUACAUUCUGGGAUUCCAGGCUUUACAAAAUUGCCACAGCUUUCAUGCUGGCUCAUCCUUACGGUGUUACCAGAGUGAUGUCCAGCUACCGCUGGACCCGGAACAUUGUGAAUGGAAAGGAUCAGAACGACUGGAUAGGUCCUCCCAGCUAUUCUGACGGUACCACCAAACCCGUGCCCAUUAACGCAGACUCCACCUGUGGAGACAACUGGGUCUGUGAGCACAGGUGGCGCCAGAUCAGGAACAUGGUUAUCUUCCGUAAUGUGGUCAAUGGCCAGCCACUCUCAAACUGGUGGGACAAUGGCAGUAACAUGAUCGCUUUUGGUCGUGGCAACCGUGGCUUCCUUAUCAUCAAUAACGACACCUGGGAGAUGACUAUCACCCUGAACACUGGACUUCCUGCUGGCACCUACUGUGAUGUCAUCUCUGGAGACAAGUCUGGAACUAAAUGCACAGGCAAACAAGUGACGGUUGGCAGCGAUGGACGUGCAUACUUCAAGAUCAACAGUGCUGAGGCCGACCCCAUGAUCGCCAUCCAUGUUAAUGCUAAGCUGUAAACUGUGUCACAUAAAUAAAGCUGCAUAA